AUGAUAGCCGUCGUUGAACAUUUCGCAAUUUUUUUUAUUGGUGAUCCUGAACAACACACCCCUUUAAAAUCAAAUAAUGUUCUCUGUAUCCCGAAUGGUAUAAUUAUCGGAGUAUUUCGUCGAUGGAACCAUGGAAAAUUGCCCAGUAUUGUCGAACAACACAUUCUAGCAUUCUUGAAUUUGGCAUCAGCGUGGGGAAAUGAAACUAAGGAUAAAGAAUUUCGAUCUCGUGUUCCACGUCCUAUGUUGGAAGAAAAACCUGGUUGGGGUUGGGUGCAAUGGGGUAAUACUGGUACUACUGAGUUUGUUUCUUCACUGUGCACAUGGGGACCCGGAAGACGAAGAGAAGCACAAGACCACGUGCACCAUACCAAGUCCGAAUAA